AUGGCACACUCCCCGCUACUCUUCAUCGUUGCGGGAGCCGCUCUAUCCUACAUGCUAUACACGCGCAUCACACUGUACAUUGCGCGUCGGCGCUUCAUGAAAGAGAAUGGCUGCCAGCCAUGCACGGCACAUUUUCACAAGGACCCAAUCCUUGGACUGGACGUUAUGAAGACCAUGGCCUACAACUGCAAGCACCACAUCACACUGCAAGAGAACAGGAAACGGUUCCAAAAGCUCGGCAACACUUUCCAUAACAGGAUCGUUACCAUGCCUUUUAUCGUCACGUGCGAGCCGGAGAAUAUCAAAACCAUUCUGAGUCUGAAAUUUAAGGAUUACAGCCUGGGUAACAGACAGCAAAACUUCACUCCGCUACUGGGUCACGGCAUUUUCAACGCAGAUGGAGAACGAUGGGCUAACAGCCGUCAUCUCCUUCGCCCCAACUUUGCCAGAGACCAAGUUGCUGAUCUCGAAGCGUUUGAGCGUCAUUUCCAGCUCAUGCUUAGGCAUAUACCACGAGAUGGGUCUACGGUUGAUCUGCAGGAGCUCUUCUUCUGCUUGACCAUGGACACGGCGACGGAAUUCCUCUUCAACCACUCUACAGAAACACUCCGCACACUAGGCCAGGAUGAAACGAAUAACGAAGACGUUAAAUUCAGCAAAGCAUUCAACUAUGCACAAGACGAUAUUGCGACCCGCUUUCGGUACGGAAUCUUCGAUCGGUUUAGGAAGAACGUCGAGGGAAAAGCUGCGAUUAAGACAUGCCAUGCGUAUAUUGAAAAGUUUGUGGACCAUGCCCUCCAGUUCAGACAGGAGCUGGAAUCAGAAAAGAAGUCGGGAGCUGGCAAGGAUGAGAAGUACUACUUCAUCCAGGAAGUGGCGAAGCAGACUACAGACAAGGCAAGGAUAAGGGAGGAACUCAUCAACAUCCUGCUUGCCGGACGCGACACAACAGCCAGUCUGCUCAGCAACAUGUUUUUCCAAAUCGCGAAGAGGCCAGACAUCUAUGCUAAGCUUCGGGAAGAAGUCGCGACGUUGGAGGGACGCACACCAACUUAUUCAGAGUUGAGAGACCUGAAGUAUGUGAAGUGGUGUCUCAACGAAUCACUGCGCACUCACCCUGUUGUUCCCGGGAACUCUCGUUAUGCCACACGCGACACUGUUCUCCCCCGCGGCGGUGGACCUGAUGGUCAAGCGCCGCUCUUCGUGCCCAAGGGAACUACGGUUGGCUACUCGCCAUACACUAUGCACCGACGCCCGGACCUGUUCGGGCCAGACGCAGACGAGUAUAAGCCUGAGCGAUGGGAGACUCUCCGGCCUGGAUGGGAGUACCUACCUUUCAACGGCGGCCCACGCAUAUGCCUCGGCCAACAGUAUGCCCUCACUGAAGCAAGCUACGUCACUGUUCGAUUGGUACAAGAGUUCAAAGAAAUCGAGAGCAGGGACGCCGAUCAAUGGCGAGAGAAAUUGACGCUGACUCUUUGCUCGUUGAACGGUACCAAGGUUGGGCUUACGCCAGCCUAG